AUUUGCUAUCGAAUUAAACAGAAAGAUAUUGUAUUAAAGCAAGGAUUUCGUUCUAAGUGCGUUAACGUUUUUGCUGUUGCAAGUGUGGGAAGACAGAGGUGGCAAUUGUUGCGAGGUAACGAGAUCGUAUUGACGUAUUGGAAUAUAGGUCGGAAUAAACAGGACAAGUAAUAGUAGUAACAUACCGCAAAAAGCGGAGGAGAACGGUAUGACUGUGGCCACACUAGGUUAUACAAUGGUCAUUUGUGGCAAUAGUGACGACCCUCAACACAGGUAUCGGGGACGAAUCGAAAAAGUCAAGUUUGGAGUCCCAAUUGAGGAAGCCUUCGCUCACGAUAUACCUGCUACUUUAUUAGUACUGCUGUUAAAAGUACAUAAAGAUGGUCCCGCUAAAAAGGAUAUCUGGCGUGCACCGGGUAAUCAGGCUCAAGUGCGAAAGCUUUCACAUAUCAUGCAACACGGAAGGCUUGUAAAUAUUGCCAAUUUUAGUGUUUAUACUGCUGCAUCUGUUAUUAAGAAGUUUUUGUCGAAAUUGCCGAGUGGCAUAUUUGGUCUCGAAAAUGAACAGAAACUUUUUGAUUUGUAUACUUUAUCAUCAGAUCUAGAAUUGCAGAGACAGUCCUUUUGUCGAGUAUUAAGCAGUUUACCGAUCCCGUCACAGCACUUGCUUGUAUUACUUUUUGGUACUUUUUAUAUGAUCUCAGAAUCAGCCGAUUCAUUUGGCUCAAGGAUGACAACGGAAGCUCUUGGAAUUUCCGUAGCGCCUUCACUUUUCCAUUCGUGUAUUCAUGACGGACAACGGGCGAAGAUGGAAGACGUGGUACGAUUCAAAAUUGCUUCCGAGAUUAUCUCAAGAAUUAUUGAAAAUUUUGGUUAUGCAAAUCUAUUUCCACGAGAAAGUUACGAGUUUUAUGCUCGUAUAACUGGACGAACAGUACGAUUUGAUGAAAAUGAUUCACGACUGCGGUUCGUUACACCAGCUAUUUUGCCGGGAUCGUACAGUCAACCUGACGUGAUACUCGUUAAUGCUGAUGCCACUAAUGACAGAGGGGCAAUGGACUGGGGUUAUCCACGCUGCUCCCAUCGACAAGCGCAAUCAACGGGUCAUGAGCUGACAUGCAAACGGUUAAGUAGCUCAGCUGCAGAGGUACAACUUCCGCACAGUGAUGAUGAUGAGAAAUAUUCUUUGAAUGCAUUUCAUGGUAGUGAAUUAUUAGAAAGUACUCAUUCACUUACCUACCUUGAAUGGGUACAUGAAAGGCAAACAAGACGUAUGCGUACACGGUCUGAAUGGUUCCUUUUGCCUGCAUCAUCAGCAAAAGGUAGUGAUACAUCACAGUUAAAUGCUUCCGAAAUCUCCUCCACUAGCAUACUUCAACCGUAUUCGCAAUCUGAUGACUUAAUGGGUUCAUCUGACGGACGCACGGGAAGUCUGGAUAAUGUUGAUGAAUGCCGUAUAAAUAUUACUCGAAAACUACCUUUGUCGAAAGCAUGCAAAGGAGCAAUCGCCUCAUCUUCACCUAGUACAUCAGGACAACUUCCUCCAACACAACCAGCAAUGUCCCCAACAUCUCGGAUAGUUGGUGGUAUCGUUCGUCGACGUUCUUGGCGUACUCAUUACGUACGUCCUAAUCGGAUCGUUGAGAGUGCUAACAAAGAACGAGAUUCUAGCGAAGUUGCUAUUGUUUCAAGUAGAUCAGCACCGCUGUACCGUCGUAAUGUGCCACAUGCGUACAGUCGAAACUUGCCAAGUACUGAGCGGCCUAUAAUGCUACCAUCAUCUUUGAUGGAACUGCAACAGCAGCGGCAGGAAUCAAGGAUACCAUCACCAAAAUAUGAAAAGCGUUACUAUCCCAAUACUGAAAGUGGUAGUAGUACUUCUCAUGGUAGAAGGUCAAAGACCGUUUCGCGAUCUAAAAAUAUACAUUUAUAGUUUAUAAGAACUUUAU